GUUUGCAAGUUUUGUAACAGCAACAGCAAUAAACAUAUGCAAACAGCUUAUUGGAGACGCCUUCAGAAACAGUGAACACACAAUUAUUUCCUGGCAAGCCCAAUAUUCCGUAUCAUCAUUAGCAUCAUCGUCAUCAUCACCACAGCCACAAUCGAACAUCGUCAACUCGAAAACCAAAGGAAACUUUCCAUGUUAACUGCCAUUGAUCUGCCUUAUCCUUGAAACUUUUUUGCAUUCGACUCACUUAUUUUUCGUCUUCAUCAUCACCAUUAUUAAAAUCUUCCGGCUCUCAUUAACAAGUUAAUUUGAUCAACCUAUUCCUGACAUCAAGUGCUGUCUUAUUCGGUUUGUCAAAACAAAAACAGUUAAUUCAGUUGAAAUAGUCGCCAAUUUUUUGCUAAAAAACAUUGAUUGAUACUAACAUAUUGAUUAAUAGCUCAACGAUUUUUUCUGCUGAUCAAAGUUAGAGCCACUGAAGUUACUGCCAACACUCACGAAAGCAUCUGAAUUUCAUCUGCUAUAUAAAGUCUUUAUAAUGGCCUCAAAAGAGGAUGAUAAGCUUUCAGCAUCCAAGAUAACAGCAAGUGGUCCUGGACUUGUCAUGGGUGAGACAGGAGGAAUAUGCCAAUUCAACGUUUAUACUCAUUAUAUACCUAAAUUCAAAGGAGAUUUUGAUCCUCGAAGUGAACUGGCCUUUUCAAUGGAUGGACCUUCACUCCCGGUUCCCUUGAAAGUUGAUGCUGUGGACGAGACUCGGGGUGUGAUGGAUGUGACCUACACACCACUCUUACCAGGAAAUUAUUCAAUCAACAUUAAAUAUCAUGGUGAACAUAUCAGUGGAAGUCCGUUUAAGGUUAAGAUUGAAGGAGAAAGUAUUAAACAGUUCACUCUAACCUCCAAAGUCAAAGUUUACGGACCUAAUUUGAAAAAUGGCAAAGCUAAUGAACUGAACACUGUUUAUAUUGAUAUUGAUGAUCCUUCAAUUAAAGGUGGUUUAGCUGCUUCAAUGGCUGGUCCUAAAACAGCAAAAGUUAAUCUUAAAAUGGUCGAAGAAAAGGAAACAGUUUUUAAGGUUACUUAUUCACCGACAAUUAAGGGAAAUUAUCUGUUGUAUGUUAAAAUUGCAGAAACAAAUGUUCCAGGGUCACCAUUUAGUAUUAUUGUUUCACCCUAAUGGUAUUAUUGGUCAGAUAAUCACAAUUCAAUGUGUCAUGUCAAUUGUGUGAUUGUAUUUCUGUCCAACUGAUUCAAAAUUGUUGCUUUUGGUAAUGUUCUAGUCGUUAUAUUGUUGGUUUGCUCAUAAUAAAGAUAUUAAAUAUUUUGUAAAAGACA